AUGGAGCUUUGGAGCCAUUUGGGAAGUAGGAGUGUUGGAGACGUCAAGACGAAGAGCAACCAGGAUGUGAACCAGGAUCAGAAACCCGGAUCUACUUCUCUAGCCCGCGAUAGCGGUUUGUUUAGAGUCAAUGGCCAUCCAUCUGAGCACCCUCUUGAUCACAUAGAAAACUUUGAAGAAAUUUGCAGCACUACAAGAUCCAAUGGAGUCUCUGCUGACUACCUUAAGUGCAAGCUCUUUUCAUUCUCUCUUGGCGACAAAGCUUCAAGAUGGUUGAAGUCUCUGCCAGCUCACUCCAUCACCACUUGGGAUGAGUACAAGGCUGCAUUCAUCAACCACUUCUACACCAAACAGAGAUCAAUUUCUGUAAGGAAACAAGAUCUCCACUUUCGCCAAGCCAACAAUGAGUCUUUCUAUGAGGCGCUAGAUCGAUUCAAGGAGUACAUUAGGGACUGCCCUAAUCAUGGUUUCAAUGAAGGAAACCUAUGGAACAUCUUCUAUCGUGGCAUAGACCACAAGUACAAGCUUUCAUUGGACACAGCAAGCAAUGGAAACUUCAUGACCAAGACUGUUGAUGAAGCUAAGGUUCUUAUUGAGAAUCUUGCAGCUAGUGAUUGUAACAACUGUCCUGAUUAUGACCGCUCAAGCCGCACCACUACUAGCUCCCCUGAUUCUUUUCAAAUGACUGAACUCAAGAACAUGAUGGCUCAAGUUCUUAAGGGACAGCUCAAGCAUAUCAAUGCAAUAGAAGGGAUGAGUGAUGCUAAUGAAGAUUCAUCAAGAGAAUGCAUGGGAGAUUUCUCUAAUGAAGCCAAUGAAGAAGAUGUGAACUACAUUGGAAACUAUGGGAACAAGGGAUACAAUCCAAGCUAUCGCCCAAACCCCAACAUGUAA